AUGACACUAUUACAAUUCAAAAUAAAAGCAGUAGCAGCAGCAGCAGCCGUCGUGUCAAAGAGCCCAUUUCAGUUGAAUUGGGUUACCAUCUCUUUGACUGUAGUACUGCUUCUCAUUUUAUAUCGUCCUUUUGGUGGAUUUUACUAUCGCUCUCUAAUGGCGCUCGUUUGUUUGACGAUUAUGGCUAUUUACGGCACAAUUGUUUCAAUCAUUUUCCCUCUCUUCGGUCAAAAGGGUAUGAUCAAUUAUACCGUCGCUCACGGUUAUUAUAUGGUUGGCACUUUCUUUUGCGGUAUCAAGGUUAAAUCUGAGGGAGAAGAGAAUCUAUACAAGCAUAAGGGACCUGUCAUUUAUGUCUGUAACCACCAAUCUAGUAUGGACAUUAUGUUGAUGGGCAAAGUGUACCCUAAGAAUACUGCUAUUGUUGCCAAAAAGCAAUUAAAGUACUAUCCUUUCUUAGGCUGGUUCAUGAUUUUAAGUAAUGCCAUCUUUUUGGACAGAAAAAAUAGAAAAAGCGCUGUAGCUCAAGCUCGUCAAGCAGCUUUGGAUAUUCAUAAGAAAAAUGUAAAGUGCAUAAGCAUAACAAGCGUUUGGAUCUUCCCUGAAGGUACUCGCGGGCAUGCUGAAGAAAUUUCCCUACUUCCUUUUAAGAAGGGUGCAUUUUUCAUGGCUGUUCAAGCUGGUGUUCCUGUUGUUCCUGUUGUUAUUGCAAAUUAUAACGAAGCUUAUAACGCAAAGAAAAAGAGAUUUCUCCCUAAGACUAUUCGUUGCAAAGUUUUACCACCUAUUUCAACUGAAGGUGUCGCCGAAGAUUCUGCUGAAAUCGAAAAGCUUACCAACAAAUGCCGCGAUCAAAUGCUUGAAGCACUUCAAGAAAUCACUCCUGCUUACGAUCAGAAGAAGGCUCAAUAA